CCAGUGACGCGAAGGUCACGUGAGGUGCCGGGCCGCUUCCGCGGCCACCGCCGCCGCCGCCGCUUUGUAAGAGGCACAUUGGCAGGUAACGAGCGGCGGCGGCGGCGGUGGUGGUGGGUCCUGAGAAUACCGAGAGCAGCAGCGAUUUUCUAUUUUGUACAUACACUAUUUUGUAUAUACUGUAUAUGAUGACUUCAGUGAGCAAUGAUCGUUCCCGAAGUGCUUGGGAAAAAACACAGAUUUCAGCGACACAGGCAGUACAACCACAGAAACAAAUAGUACAGGCAACAGCUGAACAGAUGCGUCUUGCUCAAGUGAUCUUUGAUAAGAAUGAUUCAGACUUUGAAGCUCAAGUUAAACAGCUUAUGGAAGUGACAGGGAAGAAUCAGGAUGAGUGCAUAGUGGCCCUACAUGACUGUAAUGGAGAUGUGAACAAAGCUAUCAAUUUAUUGCUGGAAGGGAAUUCAGACACGACUUCAUGGGAGACUGUAGGUGGGAGGAAGAAGAAUUUUGGGAAAGAAAGUUCAGAGAACAAAGAGAAUAGAGAGAAGAGAAGUGAGAGAGAAGCGAGUUGUGGACAUGGAAACAACGAUCGGAAAGGAAGAGGUGGCAAUCGUGGCAGAGUGUUUAAAGGUGAAGAGAAUGGAAUUGAUUGCAAUCAAGGGGACAGGUCUUCAGACCGUGGCAAGCGAGCCCGUGGUAGAGGAGGAUUUGGACGUGUCAGAGGGAGAGGUACAGGAAGGUUCUCAACCCAAGGCAUGGGGACCUUUAAUCCUGCAGACUAUUCAGAUUCUCCAUCUACGUAUGGCUGUGGGACAAAACCAGUAAUUUGGGAAGUUGCUCAGAAUGGUGGAGAGAAACAAAAUGAACUGGCAUCAAACGCUGACAGUGUAGCUCAGAAUCUGCCAAACAUAAGUUCUUAUGGACUUAAAGGGACCUGGAAGAACUCUGUGGAAGAGUGGACAACAGAAGACUGGAUUGAAGAUCUUUCAGAAACAAAGGUUUUUACUGCCUCAUCUGUUCCAGCAGAGAAUCAUGUCAUGCCUGGGCAAAGCAUUGAUCUGGUAGCCUUGCUCCAGAAGCCUGCUCUUCCCAGUCAAGUCUCGGAAGUCAACUCCUUUGAAUCUUCCCAACAGCAGGGCUUUGGCCAAGCCCUAGUCUUCACAAAUUCUCAACACAACAUUCAGAUGACACCAGGAACUGGCAAUUCCACUGCUGUCAACUCCUACUCUCCUCAGAGUCUGUCAUCUGUCCUUGGUUCAGGAUUUGGAGAGCUAGCACCUUCAAAAAUGGCAAACAUUAACAGUUCCCAGAUAUUGGACCAGUUGAAAACUCCAAGUGUGAGUCAGUUUACCACCACCCAGAGUUCACAGCACAAUAAUACAAGUCCUCUCACAACCUCUUCUUCUUGGGACCUCAAGCCCCCAGCAUCCCAGCCCUCAGUCCUCAGUCAGUUUGACUUCAAAUCUCAGCCCGAGCCAUCCCCAGUUCUAAGCCAGUUGAGCCAGCGACAACAGCACCAGACCCAGGCAGCCGCUGGUCCUCCCCCUGGGUUGGUAUCCUUUCCUUCCCAGGCAAAACUCCGAGAAUCAACACCUGGAAACAGUACCUCCACUGUGAACAAACUUUUGCAGCUUCCCAGUAUGACCGUUGAAAACAUGGCUGUGUCUGCCCACCAACCACAGCCCAAACACAUCAAGCUCCCUAAGCGGCGGAUACCUCCAGCCUCUAAGAUCCCAGCAUCUGCAGUGGAAAUGCCUGGUUCAGCAGAUGUCACAGGAUUAAAUGUUCAGUUUGGCACCCUGGAAUUUGGAUCGGAACCUUCUCUGUCUGAAUUUGGAUCCGUUCCAGUCAGCAAAAAUAGUAAACAGAUUCCCAUCAGCUUGUAUUCUAAAUCUUUAAGUGAUCCUUUGAAUACCUCUUUACCGAUGACCAGUGCAGUACAGGACUCCACCGAUACGACUUCUGUCGUUACCUCCUCUAGUCUGACAAGCUCAUCCUUGAGCUCUUCUAGUCCAGUAACAACGUCUUCCUCCUAUGACCAGAGUUCUGUGCAUAACAGGAUCGCAUACCAAAGCUCUGUGAGUCCAUCAGAGUCAUCUCCGGGAAUUGUCACAAAUGGACAUGGUGGUGGUCGAAGUCAGCAGACUCUAGACACUACUUCAUCCGUUCCAGUUCCAAAGACAACAGACCCUCCCUCCGCCCUCUCAUCUGUGGGCUCCGUGCCCAGCACCACCACCUGCACCACGCCUCUGCCCUCUGCAUCCCAGCACACUGCCACUUUGCCCUCCUUGUCUCAGCCUGGUGACCUAUCCAGCAGCCCCCCCUCUCAGCUUAGCAGCUCCCUCUCCAGCCACCAGAGCAGCCUCUCCUCUGCGCACGCGGCACUCUCCUCGAGCACACCACACACAAUCCACAUGCCCCGGCUUUUGUUUUGCCAGCAUGCCAGUGUGGAGAGCACCCCUUCCCUCCAGUCCUCGGCUCCCUUCUCUACGGCAGCAGCCACCACCUCAAGUGCCACGUCCUCGGGGGCCAACCUGCCCAGCAGUGUGAACACAGGGAACAGCCUCUGCCUGAAUGGGGCCACCAUGAGUGCACCCAUCAGCAGUACCAGGACUGCACCCUUGGUGACCUCAGGCAAAGCACCCCCCAACCUGCCCCAGGGGGUGCCUCCACUGCUGCAUAACCAGUACCUCAUGGGCCCCGGAGGACUGCUUCCUGCCUACCCGAUGGCCCCCAGGUGCCCUGGGCUUUCAGGAGAUUGUGUGCUCUCCAGCAUACCCUUUCUGGUUCUUACGCAGAUCUAUGGCUAUGACGAGCUCCAGAUGCUGCAGUCACGGCUGCCCGUGGAUUACUACGGAAUUCCCUUUGCUACGCCCACAGCCCUUGCCAGCCGAGAUGGGAGCCUAGCUAAUAAUCCAUAUUCAGGUGAUGUUACUAAGUUUGGCCGAGGUGACUCUGCAUCCCCUGCGCCCCCUUCUACACUGGCCCAGCCACAGCAGAGCCAAUCUCAGACCCAUCACACGGCCCAGCCCUUCCUGAAUCCUGCACUGCCACCUGGCUACAGCUACACUGGCCUCCCCUACUACACCGGCGUGCCCAGUGCCUUCCAGUAUGGGCCCACCGUGUUUGUCCCUCCAGCCACAGCCAAGCAGCACGGUGUGAACCUCAGUACCCCAACCCCCCCUUUCCAGCAGGCUGGUGGUUAUGGCCAGCACAGCUACACUGCAGGUUAUGAUGACCUGACCCAAGGGACAGCAGCUGGAGACUACACCAAGGGUGGCUAUAGUGGAUCAUCGCAGGCACAGAACAAGUCUGCAGGUUCUGGGCCUGGCAAAGGACUGUCAGUGUCUUCAAGCACUACUGGCCUACCUGAUAUGACCGGUUCCGUCUACAAGACUCAGACUUUUGACAAGCAGGGAUUUCAUGCAGGGACCCCUCCACCAUUCAGCCUGCCCUCUGCCUUGGGCUCCACUGGGCCUGUGGCCCCUGGGGCAGCCCCCGGCUAUGCACCCCCACCGUUUCUGCACAUCCUGCCCGCCCACCAGCAGCCCCACUCACAACUGCUGCACCACCACCUUCCACAGGAUGCCCAGAGUGGCUCGGGUCAGCGCAGCCAGCCCAGCUCCCUGCAGCCCAAGACUCAAGCCUCCAAACCUGCCUACAGCAACUCUCCAUAUUGGACUAACUGAACCCCGAAGAGAGGGGUGGGCUGCGGCUGGGCUUUCCCUGGGCAGGAGUGAUCACACAGAACCCAUUUCUAGGUGCCCAGGGCCCUUUCCUAGAAUCCCUGAGACCUGUAUCUGGUGUCACCUGAGCCUCUGUGGGGGGCCUGCCUCCAGCCUGGUCUUUGUAUGUAAUGUAUUUAUUGUAUGCAUUUGUAAAUGUGGUGGUGGCCUUGGGGGUGUGGGGCAGGGGCUGCCCUAAGCCAGGCCUGCUUUCCCCUCUCAAGACCUUUCUCACCAGAGCAAAAUAAGCCCCGCUCCCCCCUGCUCUCAUGCUUUCCAUGUAGCCCCCAUGCCCUGGCUGCCGGGAUCAAGGUAGUUUGGGUGUUGGGGUCAGGUACCAAUGAAGAAUCACGACUUAUCUCACUCCCUUGUAAACCGUUAUUUGAGUUUUCUCAAUCCUGUGUAAUUACUUUGUCCAACUUUUUUUGAGAAACUGUUCCUUUUGUCAUUUGUCAGGUUUCUCCCUUGCCAAAUCGUGAUCUGGGAAUAGCAGAUGUGUCCCCUGGCCCCAUGUAACGUUGGGCACCUGUUUGCCUUUUGCAUCAGGGGCACUUGCUUCUGGUCUAGUCAUAUCCCUGGAGCUUGCUUUCCUCUGGCCGACCAUUUUAAAAAUAAAUCUCAACUAGGGCUCAGAUGCUCAACCAAUCAGCUCCCCUUUAAAAAUAAAGAACAUGUCUCUAGGCAAAGGUUCCGCUAUUCCAGUUGUCCUGAACCAGGUGGGCGACUGUUUCAGGCAAACUCCACCUAAUAAAGUUCUGAAAGCA